ACAAAUAGCUUCCUAUUGCUGGGAUUUUCCAGUUUUCCAGAUCUUAAAGCUGUGAAUUUUAUCCUCAAUUAUGAAUUGCAAAGAAGAGAUAUGCUGAUCAGGUAUAGGAUCUAAAAUAACUUCUUAACUACAAUCCUUAUGAGGGAAGUAAUCAUCUUCAAAUUUAGUCCCUUAAUCCCAUGGUACAGAGAUGAGAUUAUAUCAGUGGAAGAAUCCAUUUCCAUAAGAAGAGACAAAACCAACUGAACUGAAUAUAUAUUAAGAUGCAGAGCAUGAAGAUUCAUACCUUAAAUAGAGAUUAAAAUAGGGAAGAAGUUCAUCUAGUCGAAUGUUAGCUGGAUUUAUCACAUUAUUUCCUCAAUAUUUUGUGCCAAAGAAAAAAGACACAAAGGGGAUAAUCUUCAACCAGCAUCCUGAAGAAAAUUAUGAAAUAGAAACACAAAAUGUCAUCCACUUCAGAGGAAGACUAAAGCUCUGCUGAUACAUUUUCCUGAAUGGAUGGAAUCCUGAAAGUGUAAAGAGAAUGGAACUGCCCUGAUCUCCAUUGCACAUUUGCAUACUUAAGCAGAAUAUACUAGUAUGACAUCUACUUUUGCCUUCCAAAUGUAAGGACAGUAGUAGACAUGAUCUAAGAAUCCAAUGAAGCAAAUGUAAGUAGUGCUCACUUUCAGAUGUUUUGCCAGAAAAUAUAUGAGAUCUUGGAAACUCAGAAGCUUAGCUGUGUGCACAGAUCUUUCCUACUCACUGCAACACUUCCUUGCCUUCAGAAAAAAAAUAUAGAAAUUAGGAAAGAUAGCUGGAGAAGAAUUGUGGAAGCAUCCAAAAACAUCACAGACAACAAGGAAAGCAUUUUCAUGUGAAUUAGAAUUCUUUUUGAUUUUACAGCUCUUUAAAGGGAUAAUUGAAAGAACUGAACUAGUCCCUUCUUUUUGCUACAUGGAGGCUGCAAUGAAGUGAAAAAAUGUUUUGCACUCUCAGUCAGAUUUUAUUUUAAAUGGAAGACACCAACCAGACAAACGUCAGCUUCUUCAUCCUUUUGGGAUUCCCUACCAAUGCAGAGCUUCAGAUUCUUUUCUUUGUCCUCUUCCUCUUUGCUUAUCUGAUGAUUGUAAUGGAGAAUAUCAUAAUCCUUGUAGUUAUUUGGGUCAACAGUAACCUUCAUAAGCCCAUGUACCUCUUUUUAUGUAACCUUUCUUUCCUUGAAGUCUGGUACAUUACUACUAUUGUCCCUAAAAUGUUGGGAAAUUUUCUAUCACAAGAAAAACACAUCUCCUUCCAGGGCUGCCUAACACAAUUGUAUUUCUUUGUCAGUUUUAUGUGCAGUGAAUUUGUUCUUCUGGCUGUUAUGUCCUAUGACCGUUAUUUGGCUAUAUGCUAUCCACUUCGUUACCCAGUCCUCAUGAACAAUAAUUUCUGUGCUUGGCUUUCAGCAGGAUGCUGGAUAUGUGGUUUUGUCACCUCCAUGAUCAAGCUUAGCUUUAUUGGUCAACUGAAGUAUUGUAACACUUACAAGAUCAAUCACUAUUUCUGUGAUAUUUCACCCCUCUUGAAUGUUUCUUGCACUGAUUCUUCCAUAGCUGAACUGGUAGACUUCAUCCUGGCUCUAAUGGUUAUCAUGGUUCCCCUCUGUAUGGUUGUUGCAUCAUACAUUUACAUCAUUUCAACCAUCCUGAAGAUUCCUUCAGCUCAGGGAAGAAAGAAGGCUUUCUCCACAUGCAGUUCUCACCUCACAGUGGUUGUACUCUUUUACUCCACCACACUCUUCACCUAUGCACGGCCCAAAGCUAUGUAUGCCUACAACUCUAACAAAGUUGUGUCAGUGCUCUACACUGUGAUAGUUCCUCUUUUGAACCCUCUAAUAUAUUGUCUCAGAAAUAAAGAGAUAAAUUGUGCCUUGAGGAAGACAUUUUCACGCCAAGGAAAUAUUUAGAAAAGCUCUUUAUCAUCAUAGGAAAUAGAACACUAUUAAAAAUUCUUUAUUACUUCUCUUUCAUUUAUCUCCCUUUUUCACAAACACAACUCAAGUAUUUUUGUAUUUUUAUGUAUUUAUGUAACUCAUAAUAAAAUAAAACUCAAACAUCUGGUUUCACUUUUUGAGUAAAUAUAAUUCUAUAUCCAUAAAACCAUAGAGAUAUAAACUUGAUAGAGGCUGUUAAAAGAAAAUUGUGGUCUUUUCCAUGUCUGGUUUAAUGAGCACAGGAUGCCUGUAUGAGGAGACUGCAACUUUUUUUUCAAGUUUUUUAUUAAUUUUACAAUAUUACAUUUACAUAUUUGAAAAGUAGCAUGGUGACAUGAGCACAGUAAUUCCAUUACAUUUAAAUAUCAUCAGUACAAAUCUCAGAAUAUUACAACAACUAAUUCCCUCUCUUUCCACCAUAAAAUCUACUGUCAUAUUCAGAUUAAUACAGUUCUUAUUCUAUCAAUCAA